GUACAGCUUAACACGAUUUAUUCUCUUUGCAUUUGCUCUCGUUCUACCCUGACCUUCACUGCUUUUAUUACCAGAGAACCAAGAAAACAAAUCUAAAAUUCUGUGAAGCGGAAUGGUCUUGAUUAUUACCAAGAUGUCGCUCUCUUUGUACAUCGUUCAUCUUCUCAUGUUCUCCUUGAUUUCCACUUAUGUUAUCAGCAACCAGGAGGAGGAUAAUCUUCUUCAAGGACUGAACAGCUAUAGAACUGCACAAAGUGUUCCACCUUUUGCCAAGAACGGUAAGGCCGAUUGUGUGGCCGAUGAGAUAGCCGACAAGCUUGAAGGUGAGCCAUGCACAAACCACACCACAGCCAGCACAAUUACUCCUGGUUCUGUCCCCCCACGGUUAUCGAACUACCAAGACAUUCUUUCUGAAUGCAAGGUCGACCCAAACAGUACCCAUGACGGAUUGAUCUUACCAGUUUGUAUCCCUAACCGGGUACCUACUCUAGUUCUAACUAACUACACCCACACUGGUUAUGCUCAGUAUCUUAACGAUUCGAGGUAUGUUGGAGCUGGUGUUGGGUCGGAGAAAGAGUGGAUGGUACUUGUGUUGACAACAAGUACUCCAGGUGGAAGCUUCUCCAGUGGUGAAGCAACAUCGCUGACAGUUGUGGCUGGCUUAGUUUUAAUGGGGCUGUUGUUUAAUUGCCUGGUGGUUCUGUGAGUAAAUUAUGGUUGUAUAUUGUGCGAAUGCUCUUUUGUUAUAAUGUAUGUUUUUUUCUCAAGGGACAUCAAAAUGAGGGGACAGGAAAAUCCUCACAAUA